CUUGGAACCGCUUUAGAAUUCAUUUAUUAGUUACUACCUGAGAGAGAAAGGUGAAUAUUACAACCUCUCAGCAAGUGUGUUUAUAGAGCUGUUCCUCAAGUGUUUAUAAACUGGGUUAAUGAACUUCUUCUGAAGGUAUAUGGAACUUUCUAUAUAAAAUCAGAUUUAGAUUCCCAUUCACUCUUGAUUACCUAAACUAGAGACAUUUCAAUCAAUCCAAAGGUCUCUCAACUCCCAGAAUCCAGAAUGGCUCCGUCCAAGAAACCAUUGUCCCAUAAAGAGAUUUGGGAUGAUUCGGCCCUCAUAGACUCGUGGAACGACGCGCUAAAAGAAUAUGAGAAAUAUCAUAGUAUCCACAGGAAUGGAGGCAACGUGGAAGACCUUCUAAAGUCCGACGAAAUAACUCCAGAUGCCAAGGACGAGACUGAAAAGGCUCGUUCCCUCGAAACUGAUUCCGAAAUGGGAGUCGGAGUUCCUAAUGGCACACAAGACAGCGGAACGUCAACUUCCCGGCAUGGCCACCCGCUUGGUGGAGGUUCCGGUCCUGGAGGGCUGCUAGGUUCAGUGCGUGACGAGGGCCUCAAGAGACUAUUGAUGUCGUGGUAUUAUGCAGGCUACUACACAGGCCUUUACGAGGGCCAGCAGAACCAGACUCAGCAACAAGCAUCUGAAUAGAGGUCAACAAGAAACUUUAGAGAUCUCAUAACUCUAAUUCUGAAUCUAUGUAGUUAAAAUCGCUGAUGGGAUUCUACAUGAGAUCGACUUGACAGGGCAGGGAUCUGUAACGUUAGAUGUCACAGGCUUUUGUGACGACGAUAACGUCACAUACAUAGCUUAAAUUCUGCGAGUGUGCGACGAAUUAUGCACCAGUUCCCAUCCAUAAGGAAUAAUACAACGCAACACUACAAAUUACGCAAUGUUAAUUGGAGGAGCAAGACGAAGAAACAAAUUUGAGGCUACCAUUACGCUCUUAAUGAAGAUCAUGGCCUGAUUUUUCCUUGCUUUGGGGGUUGCGAUUAUUAGCCUAGCCAUGGAAUGCUUGUUUUCAGCUUCAUUGAGAGGGAAUAGCUCCUAUUAAUUGAUACCACUUCAUUUUAGAA